AUGCAAGAGUCGCUGGAGGCUUGGAUGUUGGAUCCGAUUCCCUUUGUCAUUUUACUCCAGGGGCUUCGUGCGGGCGAGGGCCGCAUGCCGGGCCCUCAGAAGCAGGCGAAGGACAAUGGUCAUCAUGGGCUGCGGUGCCCGCCCGCGGCGGGCAGCGGAGGUCUGGCGAUCUUGCGCAAGACCAGCUACAUCGGCGGCGACUUCAACUCCACCAGGGCGGCGCUCGCUGCUGGCGACCCUGGUUGGAUCGAACGGGCCGAACAGCUCAUAAAUGAGGCAACCGACGCGGGCGCGCUAGCAUUGGCUUGGGAUCAGACGCUUGCUACCACCGGGCAGGAGUUGAUGGGCAUAUAUGACAGAUUGGGCGCUAAGCGGCUGGCGCGCGCUGGAAGAGUGGGGCCUGCCAGAUCCAGGGCGACCAAGGCGGGGUGGGCCCCGCUUGUAAAGAGGCGACGCUUGUGGCCAAAGGUGCAAGCUUGGACGGCGGCGUCGAGACGGGCUGAGCAGUUAAUGAUGGCGACAGCCGCGGCGUGUAAGGCGUCGCAGCAGCUGGAGGCAGCGAAUGCAGCGCGCGAGUUGAGGAUGGCUCACCACCGACGCAUCGCGGACAUGCGGAUUGAACUGCAGCGUUUCUUUUCGAGGGUUCGUCGAUGCAAAGGCGCGCUGAACUACUUGGACGAAUUGGCCGAUGCCAUCGCGGAGGGCGCCUGUGAGAUCGCGGAGAUGGCCGAUGUUCUUUAUCAGGAAAAGGCGCAGGAGGCGCAUGGCGGCUGGAAGCAGCGGGCACGGGAUUCUUCCCAAAAGGGUGUUGGAAGGGCAAACCGCCGCACGAAGGUCGAGGUGGUGCAAGGAAGACUUGAAUCACGGCGGCCGGAUGAAGCAGCGCCAGCCCCGAGGGGACUGGCGGGGGAGGCCAUGGACCUUUGGGAAACAAUUUGGAAUCGGCACGAGCUCACUACCGCGGAGCUGCCUGGAGACGCUCACAGCUGGCCAGACUCAUCGCAGAUUGCGGUAUUUCAUGAGAUGCGAACAGUUGCGAACGUGGCCUUCGACAAGACUAUGGAAUAUCAUGGUUCGCUUACCAAGGCGGGGGUGGCGAUCGAACUUGAGGAGUCGAGCAUCGCGGCCAUGCUGGAUGCCUGCAAGGGCGAUGAGAGGGUAAAGGAUUCCAUGUUUUUAGAAGCCAGGGCGCUGAAGUUCGACUUGAGGCUGCUCUGGAUGUUGCUCCAGGUUUACCAGAUGCCACGGCGCCUGAAGGCAUACUGGGCAGAAAUGCUCGGCUCAUGCGGCUUCGCGGAGCAGUCGCUGGCAGAAUUGCGGCGUUGUGGAACGCGGGCGGGUUGCCAGGUGCUGCGCGCGGAGCAGGGGUUUCCGGCGUCAGUGAUCAGCAUCUGCAGCAGUUUCGGAGAUUCGUUGGUAACCUGGCAGGGGCUAAGCCACGAUAGCAAUAGUUGCAAGGCCGAAGACGGCGAUAGGCAAGGCAAGUCAGACAGGCAGCAUUCGAGCAAGGUGGAGUGGAGCGCCUUGGACGCAGGGCCAGGUUUGCCUGAGGAGUCGCAGGAGGUGCAGAGGUGGCCCGCGGACACAGGUGUGGAUGGUGAGCGAUACAAGUAUCUGAACAUGGACCACCAUUGCGGGCAGUGUACGGUCCGCUUCCAGAAGCACGUCAAACAGUGGGCCGAGCGGAGAGAUACGCUGUCUUUCAGGGCCUACUGUUAUACCCGCAGGGCCAACCUGCAGUCAACCGCGCGUGCGCCGACGGAGCUGGGCAGAUUCAAGUGUCGGGCUCAUGUGGACUGCGCGGGCAAGGCAGACGCCCCCGCUAGGUAUUCGCCGGAAUCGCGCGCUGCGGACGCCGCCGCGUGCGCGCGGCAGCCCCUGUUCGGCGACGCCGCGGGCGACGCCACGCGCGCGACGGUGCCGCCGUACGCCGCGCAGGCGCCGUACGCCGCGCAGGCGCCGUACGCCGCGCAGGCGCCGUGCUACCCGCCCGAGCUGUGCCGGGCAGACACCGCCAGGCACGGGCGGGAGCCGCCGGCGAGCUACCCGCCCAAGCUGCUGCGGUCGGCGGGCGCGGGCGAAGGCCUCCACGCGCAGCAGCACGACUCGCCCGACUGGCAGUUGCCGGAGGACCCCGGCGCGUGGCGGCCGCGGACGUCGAGCCCGAGCCGGGCUCCCCCUCCAGCGCCUCCCCAGAGCACGCUGGCGCUGGGCGCGCGAGGCGGCGACCCGGCGCCGUCCAGCGGGAGGCCGCCGGGCCUUUCGACCCCGCGGCAGGAGCCCAGAGGCACGACCGCCGAGCCCGACGACGGCGGCGAGGCGCCCGUUCGCUGGAAGUCCGAGGCCGCCAGCAUCGCCGAGGAGCACGAGAUGACCCUGGAGGAGCUGAUGUUCGAGCCGGGCGUCUCGACGGCCGAGGCGACCUUCUCGGCGGCAAGGGCGCCAGAGGCGCCCGGCUGCAACAGCGCGCCGCUCCGGCGACGCAGGGGCGCCAAGGGCAAGCUGGACCAAGCGCGCUUCAUCAGCAGCCCCGCCGUGCCGUCCGCGCUGGAACGGGACCCGCCGUCGCUCUGGACGUCGGAAGCUUCGGUCACUGUCAAGAACACGUUCCUGGACAUCGAGCUGCCGUCGGAGGAGGAGGAGGGCGGCUUCCCGCGGAGGAAGCGCAGCAGCUCGCUGCCCGCGCGCUGCCCCCGGCGCGACGGCCCGUAGCCUGCGGCGCGCUCCUGCGGCGCCCUCGGCGCCGCGCCUUCCGGGGGCGGGCCCGGCGCGCCUUGCGAUUGCGAGGCGUGGAGGAGGAGGAGGAGGAGGAGGAGCAGGAGCUGGGUUUGGGAAGCCCGCCAGCAAACGAGCAGCGCAUGUUUUCUUGACUGAGCCGGGUUUGCGCUGAGGCUGGUUCCUCCACGCCCGAACGGGGAUGGGGCCGAGACCCCGUGGGCCCACAGAUGGAGCAAGAUCACAGCGCCGGAGGUCCGGCGAGCAGGCCCACGUCCCAGGUCUCACCAGCGCGCCAGCGCGCUCCACUGUUUCGGCCGUGUUCCGGGGCGCUCGGGCUCUGGCUUUACGUUUUAAGCAAUCUUUAUCCGUCGAGGUGGCGCUGUGCCCUGCACAGGGAGGGCUCUUAGCCCCCUGAUCGUGGCGUGCGGCGCCGAAGUUGUUCUUCUUACGCGGGCAUCCGCCUGCGCCCUUUCUUUCGACGGCCAGUCCAGGAAUGGCCCCUAUUUGUGCUGACAGGCGGCUGGCAAUCAGUGACAUGUAAAA